CGCCUGUCGGCCGGCGCCUUCGAGCGCCACCCUCCGGCGACCGUGACGCCAGCCAUGACCCAGCGCCGUGUCGUGUCGGCAGGCGGAGCAGCAGCGGGCGGCGCGGCGCGUCCAGCAGGGCCCGGCCGUCCCCAUGAGCGACGGCCGACCUCACGUGCGCAUCGGACUGGAGGAGCUGAGCUGUGUCGCCAGCACCGACGGCUGGCGGAACGUGCGCGUGCGCGCGCUGGCCCGGCUGGGCGGCUACAACGCGGCCACCAACACGGCCGUGCUGGGGAGCGUCGCCGAGCCGGACGGGCCGCACUUCGUGCCGGUGGACCUGCGACUGCUGGAGGCGCCGCCGUCGGCCGACCUGGUCGAGGUGUUCGGCGAGGUGCAUGUGACCGACGGCCGGCCGUACGUGCUGGCCAAGGUGAGCGGUCGGGGGCGGGCGCAACUGGUGCUGGCCGCCGGCUGCGGCGCCGCCGGCCAAUUGCGCUAA